CGCUGGACCUGCUCCAGGUACAUCUACAGACUCAGCAAGAGGUGAAGAAGAGAAUGACGGGAAUGGCAAUCACUGUCAUAAGGAACGACGGCUUUUUUGCGCUAUACAACGGCCUGAGCGCGUCCCUCUUCAGACAGAUCACAUACUCCAUGACCCGCUUUGCCAUCUACGAGACUGUGCGAGACCGCAUGUCCCAGGACAACAAGGCCCCCCUCCCAUUCUACCAGAAGGUGCUGCUGGGAGCAUUCGGCGGUUUUACAGGGGGCUUCGUAGGGACCCCGGGCGACAUGUUGAAUGUCAGAAUGCAAAAUGAUGUGAAACUUCCGGCCCACCUGAGGCGCAACUAUGCUCACGUGUUGGACGGCAUGUUCAGAGUCAUUAAAGAAGAGGGAUUCCGGAAGCUUUUCUCGGGGGGCACCAUGGCAUCCAGCAGAGGGGCUCUCGUAACUGUGGGCCAGUUAGCGUGCUAUGACCAGGCUAAGCAGCUUGUUCUGAACACCGGCGUCAUGUCUGAUAACAUUUUCACCCACUUUCUUGCCAGUUCAAUUGCAGGUGGAUGCGCUACAUUCCUUUGUCAGCCGCUGGAUGUCAUGAAGACUCGACUGAUGAAUUCCAAGGGGGAGUACAGGGGAGUCGCCCACUGUGCUAUGGAGACCGCACAACUGGGACCACUGGCCUUCUACAAGGGUCUUGUUCCGGCCGGCAUCAGGCUCGUCCCGCACACCGUCUUGACCUUCGUGUUUCUGGAGCAGCUGCGCAAGUACUUCGGGAUCCGGGUCCCCGCUUAAUACUGGCCGCAGGGGAAGGUGGUCGACGCCACCUUCUCCAUCUUGAAAUCACUACUGAGAAGAAAAGAACUUGAGGGCCGCCGGUGCCUCCAUCAGCGCCGCUUUAUGGCAGUGUGCAAUUGACUUUGCCGAGGCGGAUCCCGCAAGAGCAGAUGGAUUCACAAUAGGACAUUACAGGACGACAUUUUUUUUUCUUCCAGCCACUCGGUUCUGAGUAGUCACGUGACCUCACAGGCAACGGUGCUGUCAAAUCAUGUUCUCUGAUGUGUAUCUGUUAUGACGAGUAGCUGUUGCAG